AUGAAAAAUUUCGCAAUCCUACUUACUUUUUCCUUCGCCGACUACAUUUUCGACCGAAAAUCAGGCGUCAUCUUCAAAGAGCUUGACGAUAUCUAUGUUUUCGACUCAGAGAUACCCAGAGAUAUUGCUAUCAUGGUCAACAGCCCUCGGAAAAAAUUUCGAGAUGGAUUGAACCUUGACUGUGGAGAUGAAUCAACCGGACUUCUUCCAAAGCCUGACAACUUCUUUGGACUCAACAGCAGCAGAAUUACAACAGAAAGCGAAUUUUGCACGAAAGCCUUCGACACCUUCGACCAGAUCGUACUCAGCUACAUCGGCAGCGAUUUACAGUUUACCGAGAGAUACAACCGCACAUUCGACAAAUUGAUUAGCCAGCAGCGUGCGAGACGAGUACGAAGAAAUCCUGCCGCGAUCGGGGGCGUAGCAGUUGUUGCAACAGGAGGCUACACCUGGUACGUAGAUUCAGCAUCUAGGGGACGAGACGAGGAGAUCCGCCAGGAAGUUGAACAUGAACGUCAAAGAAUAACCCAGCUGGAGAACGUCGUCGAACUUGUAAAAGAUGAGCUCGACCUUGCGGUCAAGAAAAUCCGCCGCUCAAACGCACCAAUCAUAACCUGGGGUGGAAUCGACAUACCUGCAGACGAGGAGGCAAUUAAGGAAAUCCUUGAGGGAGAAGUCACGUGA